CUUUAGACAAUGGAAAGUGGCGGAAGCUUAGAUUAUUUGAACAUACAGGGAGACUCAGAGGUCCUCAAGAUCAUUGGAAAUGAUGAACCGAUUUUUUAUUCUAAUGUUUUAUACAAGAUAAACCAAUACUCAUUCUCACAAAAAUAGAGUCAUUGUAAUAACUUCUGCUAGAUUGUAUAAUUUUAGAAAGAAGGGAGGAAAGUGGUUGCUAAAAAGAGCAAUCCCAAUCGCUUCUAUUGGAGGUCUCAGCAAAAGCUUAUCCAAGAAAUCACAUGAGUUUGUUAUCCAUGUUCCAGAGCAAGAUUAUCUCAAGUCUCAAAAUGGCAUAUUAAUUUCUCUUAUGAAGACCAAUCUGCCUAUUUAUGGUAUCGACACAAAGGAUUUAAAGAGCUUUACGACUACUGAGAAGGAUAAAAUCAAAGGAAAAUCAAGAAUUCCAAACGAGAAGUAUCUUAUGGAAGCUGAAGAAGUAAUUUCCAAAAAUGAGAAAGAGUCUGAAAACCCUUCAACAAUUUCAACAAAUGAGUGGGAUACCGAGGAUUACCUCAAGACAUCAUUUAGAGCCUCUGCUGUUCUGUCUAGUUUCCAAAUUGACCUAGAAGAUGAAGAAGAGAAGCUCAAAGACAGUGAGAUAUAUCGCUCUUCAACUCUUUACUCUAAUGCUGGUGCUGAUGAGUGCACUCUCGAAGAUAUGGUCAUUAAAAGGGUCAUUGGGAAAGGAGCGUUUGGUAAAGUGUUCAUGGUUGAGAACAAAAAUAAUAAUCAAGUCUAUGCGAUGAAAAGUCUUCGUAAAGAUAUGAUCAUUGACUAUCAACAGUUGGAAGCAACUAAAUUAGAAGAACAUAUUCUUAGUAAAUCUCACCAUCCUUUUAUUGUUGAAAUGCAGUAUGUCUUUCAGAAUGAGAUGAGAGUCUACUUCCUUAUGGACCUGAUUCUUGGGGGAGAGCUCUUUACUUUAAUUUUAAACGAGAAAAGAUUUAGUGAAAAUAGAACAAAAUUUUAUGCAGCGCAAGUAAUUAUAGCAGUAGGAUUUCUUCAUGGGAAGAAAAUAAUAUACAGAGAUCUCAAACCUGAAAAUAUCCUUAUUUCUGAAGACGGAUAUAUCAAACUUGCAGAUUUCGGCUUAUCAAGAAUACUGAAUUUAGAUGAGCAAGCUACAACAUUUUGAGGUACAGCAGAGUAUCUUUCACCUGAAAUGAUCUCUGAGAUUGGACACGAUUUCUCAUCCGAUUGGUGGGCUGUAGGAAUCCUGAUCUAUGAAAUGCUUAUUGGAAUUCCUCCAUUUUACCAUAAACACAAAUCUAAAAUGUAUAAGAUGGUCGCAGAGAGAGAGCCAAAGUUCCCCGAUCUUGAAAAACAUGGAAUAGGAGUUUCUGAUCAAGCUGAGGAUCUAAUAAAGAAACUUCUUAACAAAGACCCAAAAGAAAGACUUGGGUCAAAAUCAGGGGCUAAUGAGAUCUUAGAUCAUCCCUUCUUUGAAGAUAUUGAUAUUGAUGACCUCAUGGAGAGGAAAAUUGAGGCUGAAUAUGUCCCUGAAAUUAAUCAAGAUGAUAAAUAUGACUUAAGGUUCUUUGAUAAAGAAUUCACAGAACUUGAAGCUAAAGAGUCCUUCAUCAAUGAAGGAGAGAGGGAGGAGAUCCUUAACAAAAUCUCUGGCUAUAAAGAGAAGUUUCAAGAGAUAGGUAAAUAAAACAUUCAACUAGCA